GACAAAGGGGUGGGUCUCCGCGGGUCGGCACCCGGGCGGCCAGGGCUGCAGGUCAGUGGACCGACUGGCCGCGCCGAGGAGGAGCGGGAGAAGGAGCGAGGCCCAGAGCUGUGAGCCACGCGGGGACCAGCGCCCGAGAUGCCGGUGCGGGGAGAUCGCGGGUUCCCACCCCGGCGGGAGCUGUCAGGUUGGCUCCGCGCCCCAGGCAUGGAAGAGCUGAUAUGGGAACAGUAUACUGUGACCCUCCAAAAGGAUUCCAAAAGAGGAUUUGGAAUUGCAGUGUCUGGAGGCAGAGAUAACCCCCACUUUGAAAAUGGAGAAACGUCGAUUGUCAUCUCUGAUGUGCUCCCCGGCGGGCCUGCCGAUGGGCUGCUUCAAGAAAAUGACAGAGUGGUCAUGGUGAAUGGCACCUCUAUGGAGGAUGUGCUGCAUUCGUUUGCAGUUCAGCAGCUGAGAAAAAGCGGGAAGGUCGCUGCUAUUGUGGUCAAGAGGCCCCGGAAGGUGCAGGUGGCCCCGCUGCAGACCAGCCCUCCGCUCACUCACAGUGACCGGGCUUUUGAGGUGAUGGACGACUUUGAUGGCAGAAGUUUCCGCAGCGGGUACAGCGAGAGGAGCCGGCAAAGCAGCCACGGAGGGCGAAGCCGCAGCUGGGAGGACAGCCCGGAGCGGGGGCGUCCCCACCAGCGGGCACGGAGCCGGGAGCGCAGCCUCAGCCGUGACCGGAGCCGUGGCCGCAGCCUGGAGCGGGGCCUGGACCGGGACUACGAGCAUGCCCAAGACUACGAGCGUGCCCGAGAUCGCAACCGUGGCCACAGCCUGGAGCGAGGUCUGGACCAUGACUUUGGGCCACCCCGGCACCGGGACCGCAGCCGUGGCCGAAGUGUCGACCGCGACUAUCGCCAGGACUACGAUCCAGACUAUGAUCUGGGGUACAGCCCGGGCUACAGCCGCAGAGCCCAGCACGAAGCCCGGUACCAGGUGGCCCACAGCCGCGAGCACCUGCGCUCCCGCAGCCCCAGCCCUGAGCCGAAGGGACAGCCGAGGCAUGCGGGUCAGCAGGACCCGGACAGGCCCAUCGGGGUCCUUCUGACGAAAAUCAAAGCAAAUGAAGAGUAUGGCCUCCGGCUUGGGAGUCAGAUCUUCAUAAAAGAAAUGACCAGAACAGGCCUGGCAACUAAAGAUGGCAACCUUCAUGAAGGGGACAUAAUACUCAAGAUCAAUGGAACUGUCACUGAGAAUAUGUCUUUAAUGGAUGCCCGGAAAUUGAUAGAAAAGUCAAGAGGAAAACUACAGCUAGUGGUGUUACGAGACAGCAGGCAGACCCUCAUCAAUAUCCCAUCCUUGAACGACAGUGACUCGGAAAUCGAAGAUAUCUCAGAAAUAGAGUCAAACCGAUCGUUUUCUCCAGAGGAGAGGCGCCAACAGUAUUCUGAUUAUGAUUAUCAUUCCUCAAAUGAGAAGCUGAAAGAAAGGCCAAGUUCAAGAGAGGACGCGCCGAGCAGACUGUCCAAGAUGGGCGCCACACCCACUCCCUUUAAGUCCACGGGGGAUAUUGCCGCUGCGGUUGUCACGGAGACCAACAAGGAGCCCAGGUACCAAGAGGAACCCCCAGCUCCUCAACCAAAAGCACCCCCGAGAACUUUUCUUCGUCCUAGUCCUGAAGAUGAAGCAAUAUAUGGGCCCAAUACCAAAAUGGUGAGAUUCAAGAAGGGAGACAGCGUGGGCCUCCGCUUGGCUGGUGGCAAUGACGUCGGGAUAUUUGUUGCUGGCAUUCAAGAGGGUACCUCGGCAGAGCAGGAAGGCCUUCAAGAAGGAGACCAGAUUCUGAAGGUGAACACACAAGAUUUCAGAGGGCUGGUUCGGGAGGACGCUGUUCUAUACCUGUUAGAAAUCCCCAAAGGUGAAAUGGUGACCAUUUUAGCUCAGAGCCGAGCUGAUGUGUAUAGAGACAUCCUGGCUUGUGGCAGAGGAGAUUCGUUUUUUAUAAGAAGCCACUUUGAAUGUGAGAAGGAAACGCCACAGAGCCUGGCCUUCACCAGGGGGGAGGUCUUCCGAGUGGUGGACACUCUGUAUGAUGGCAAGCUGGGCCACUGGCUGGCUGUGAGGAUCGGAAACGAAUUGGAAAAAGGCUUAAUCCCCAACAAAAGCAGAGCCGAACAAAUGGCCAGUGUUCAGAACGCCCAGAGAGACAACGCCGGGGACAGAGCGGAUUUCUGGAGAAUGCGCGGCCAGAGAUCUGGGGCAAAGAAGAACCUGAGGAAGAGUCGGGAAGACCUAACAGCUGUCGUGUCUGUGAGCACCAAGUUCCCAGCUUACGAGAGGGUUUUGCUGAGAGAAGCUGGUUUCAAGAGACCUGUGGUCUUAUUUGGCCCCAUAGCCGAUAUAGCAAUGGAAAAGUUGGAAAAUGAGUUGCCUGAAUUGUAUCAAACUGCUAAAACAGAACCGAAAGAUGCAGGAUCCGAGAAAUCCAGCGGAGUGGUUCGGUUAAAUACUGUGAGGCAAAUUAUUGAACAGGAUAAGCAUGCAUUACUGGAUGUGACUCCGAAAGCUGUGGACCUGUUGAAUUAUACACAGUGGUUCCCGAUUGUGAUUUUUUUCAACCCAGACUCUAGACAAGGUAUCAAAACCAUGAGACAGAGGUUGAAUCCAGCAUCCAAUAAAAGUUCUCGGAAGUUGUUUGAUCAGGCCAACAAGCUUAAAAAAACAUGUACACAUCUUUUCACGGCUACAAUCAACCUGAAUUCAGCCAAUGACAGCUGGUUUGGCAGCUUGAAGGACACCAUUCAACAUCAGCAAGGAGAAGCAGUGUGGGUGUCGGAAGGAAAGAUGGAAGGGAUGGAUGAUGACCCCGAAGACCGCAUGUCCUACUUAACCGCCAUGGGCGCGGACUAUCUGAGUUGCGACAGCCGCCUCAUCAGUGACUUUGAAGACACGGACGGCGAAGGAGGCGCCUACACUGACAAUGAGCUGGAUGAACCGGCUGAGGAGCCGCUGGUGCCGUCCAUCACCCGCUCCUCAGAGCCGGUGCAGCACGAGGAGAGCAUAAGGAAACCCACCCCAGAGCCACGAGCUCAGAUGAAGAGGGCUGCUAGCAACGAUCAACUUAGGGACAAUAGCCCACCCCCAGCAUUCAAGCCAGAGCCGCCUAAGGCCAAAACCCAGAACAGAGAAGAAUCCUAUGACAUCUCCAAAUCCUACGAAUACAGGUCCAACCCCUCUGCAGUGGCUGGGAGUGAAAAUCCUGGGGCGUCUACCAAAGCUUGUCCUCCCCCCAUUGCAGCGAAGCCUGUCUUUGGGCGGUCUAUACUGAAGCCCUCCACGCCUGUGCCUCCCCCAGAGGGCGAGGAGGUGGGAGGGAGCGCCGAGGAGCAGGAUAAUACUCCCAAAUCAGUCCUAGGCAAAGUCAAAAUAUUUGAGAAGAUGGAUCACAAGGCCAAAUUACAGAGAAUGCAGGAGCUCCAAGAAGCCCAGAAUGCAAGGAUCGAAAUUGCUCAGAAACACCCUGACAUCUAUGCAGUUCCAAUCAAACCACACAAGCCAGACCCCAGCCUGCCUCAGUACACCAGUUCCAGACCCCCUGAGCCGCAGAAAAGUUCUUCCAGACUUUAUCAGGACACUAGAGGAAGUUAUAGCAGUGACGCUGAAGAAGAAGAAUACCGCCAACAGCUGUCAGAGCACUCAAAGCGUGGUUACUAUGGCCAGCCUGCCCGAUACCGGGACACAGAAUUAUAGUGGUCUGCCGAGGGACUCUCCAGGGCUGCCUGCUGCCACGGCAGGGUAACAUUCCUGCCAGGCCACCACAAUGGUCUUCUCCAGUUAAAAUGCACUGUUGGGGAUACUGUAGGACUUGGGCUCCUGUGUUCUCAUGGGGAACCAGGGGCAGCCAGUACAAAUUAAGAACUGAAGGCUCUGUCUGUGGGACUGGGUUAGAGGAGUUUGUGGGUUUUUUGCUCAGAAAUAAGAGGAACACUCUUACAGUCUGAUACUGUUACUUGCUUCAGUGGACCAAAAUCUGUAUUAAAUUUCUUUGCAUAUUUUUCAUAUGUGUAUUAAGAAGCAAUAACUAUUUUUCCUCAUCUGUAGCCACCUACAAAGACUGUGCAGAAUGUGAAAAAAGGAAUAAAAAAUACGGUUGGACUCGAACUCAGUUUAAUUAUUUCAUUACAACUCUCCAAGUGCCUUUGAUGAGAAGUGUCUUAAAUUUUUUUUCCUUUGAAGCUUUACGCACCGCCAUAAUGGACUAAAACAUUAUUUUGACUAAACUUUUGUACCAGUUUAAUAGCGAGGUUUUCCCUGCACUGUAUCGUCUUUCAAGGCAUUCCAUCUUUGUAAUAUUUCCCAUCGAUUCUGACUGUGUAUAUAUAAUUGCUGUACUUGGUAGUUUGGCUGUAAGUGCUCACUAGCUUGAAGACUGAGAGGUUAGUGUACAACUUUUUUGUUUGUUUAAAACCAAGUGCUCUACAAAAGCAGAUACUGAAGGAGAACACAUUUAAUUUCCAAAAGUGUGUAUUGACAACAGUUUUGUAAUUUAAUAAAAUGGAGCAUA